CCAGUAGUGACGUCACAGUCAUGUGAUCAAUAGGGGAAAUUCUAGCAUCUAUUGCACAAUUGGUCGUGGUCAAAAGGGGGAAAAGUUGAUCUCAAUGCAUCGCUUCGAGUAUCGAAUGAAGUGAGAAGAUUCGAGUAAAUGUCUCGAAUAAACUGGCGACAUUAUGAGCCGGGUGUCACCUCGCCGCGAUAGUCCUGUUGCUCGUGCGUGUGAGGUUGCGGGUACGCGGAGCCCUCGCAUGUCGCCAAUACAUACCUCGCACUUUUAAUCAAUAAUUCGCGGUGACAUUCGUCGUGAUGGCUCGCCUCCAGGUGGGGACACGAGGUAAAGCCCGGUUUUAAGUUCUCCGGGAAAAUCACGGACGCCCCACGAUUUAUCCUGUAUCCAACUGUCAUUAGGCGAUUGUUCCGUGGUGAGAUCUGGCACACUCGCUGUUUUCUUGCACGUUGUAACGUUAGAUUACUCAGCCAAGAGCGCGCGUCGGGUCUAGACCUGGGGCGCCGCGCUGUCCUGGCCGUUACACACAGUCACACACGCACGUCGGAGCUUCCACGCCUGCUCUUAUUACACUGGAUAUUUUACAUGUGAAGCCGUCGGACUCCGGGGAACGAGCCUGAGCAGUUAGCAACCAGAGGAGCGGCUGUGCGCGGCUGGAGGUGACGGAGGAUUUCGGAAAAGCUUGGAUUUCAUUCUCGAAGUGACUUUAAUUUUUCUUUCUUCUCUUUGGGAAACUGACAAGAGCUGUUUUGGAAGAGGAAAAAAAUAACUUCAUUUCGAAAUGGCGGCCGUUCUUACCUGUGAUGGACACUAUGGAAAAUGAACAAAAUUGUACGGAGAAGAACAUGAAGGAACUUAAUAACAUGUCAUGAAUUUGUGCAAUAUUAGCAAAUACUGACACUGGGAGAAGAUUGCACCCGAACACUGCAGAGACACGAUUCCAAUAUUGCUGUGACAACUCUCUACCUGCAGAAUGGACCUGAGAGAUUCGCCCGUCCUCAUGUUUACGGCUUCCACGCCCACGCCCACGCCCACCGACGAGUCCGACGCCCCCGCCUCCCCGCCCGUCCGCCCCGACGUGGCCCGCGAAGCCGCCAGGGCCACGGCGGGCCUCGACCUGCCGUCCCCCGUGGCGCCCAAGAAGCCCCGCUACACGGCCGUGCCCACCCAGUUCCAGCACCAGUUCACGCCCGUCCUCAACCAGUACCGGCAGCAGUUCACGCCCGCGCCGAAGCCGUUCCAGGCGCAGCUCCCCGCCUCUGACUCCAGCUACAUGUGGCCGCCCGGGGUGCAUGCCCUGGCCGGCCUCGACGAGCUGCUCAUCUGCCCGAGUAAAGAUUCAGUGUUCAAAAUCAAAAACGCUGAGAAGGAGGUCCUGUUCACGGCGGAGACCGAGGAUGAGGUCGAGUGCUGCUGGUGGACGGGUUCGAAGGAGACAACCAGCAUGUUCAUCGUGAAGAACACAGAUCAUCAGGAGGUGUUCUACGUGAGGAGAACUUUCGAGCCCAACGGCUGCUUCCUCACCAACAGUAGCACAAGCAUCGACGUGACCUUCCCGUCCGAGGUGCCGGUGGGUCACGUGAUCACAGAGGGCCGGAAGUACGUGCUGACCAACCCUUCUGCCGACGUACUGCUGCGCGUGUGGAGGGACGGUGUCAUGUGCGGGCCCAGGCCAUACAAGAUUUACACCGACGACGGCGAGGAGGUCGGCUCCAUCGAAUGCCACAACUCGGCCAAGAACAGACUGGUGUUCCCAGCCGACCAACAAAUCAGGAACAAGGUGCUACUCCUGGGAACCGCACUCGACAUAAUCACUCGAUACAGGUGUCGGCGGCCGGAAACGCAAGCCUCCGCCGCCGUCAAGCUGUUCCCUCUGGAGAAGUUUACGCCAAAAGAGAUCCGGGAACGCGUCUUGAAAGUGUAGUGUCGCAGUCACUCUAUCUCCUUGUGUCUACGUCACCUUUCUUGAGGCACAGUACCUUUAAACGAGGUCGAAGCUGUGUUUCCUUUUUUUUUUCAAUACUGUGCAACUUCGUGUAUCGACACAAGAUCGUGUGACCGGAGCGCCUCGUGUGGUGUUAAAUGUGAACCCAAAACAGACGCUCCAAGGACAAAUCUCAAGUGGUAUAGGAGGCAGGCGGGAGAGACAGCGGAUCGAGACGAUUAAAAGCUCGAAUUGGAUCGAGGAAUCAAGACAGACACGAGGCAAGGAGACUGGACGCUUAUACUCAUUAUGCCACUAAGAACAUUGCAUAUCAAGUCGUGGAUACAGUUUCCGUUGCUAAGCUUAUCGUUGAUCUCGUUUCUGGCAAGAGCUUCAAGGUUAUGUUCACUUAUGCGUUCCAGUGAUUUAUUUGAUCCGAAUAUAAUGAACUAAUCAUAUAUAU